ACAGAAGCAAAAACAGCCUGAUUGGUGUGUUUAACUUUAGAGAAGAGGCACCGCAGAGGCAGAAUUUAGUUAGAUUAGCAUUAGGGCAAGCCACAAAAUUUCCCCUCUCCUUGGCUCAGUCUCAGAGUGAGUGCGAGAAGGAGCAAAAACACAGAGAUGACAGCUGGCAGCGUCAACAUCUUCAUCCUCAUCAUCUUCACCGUUUAUCUGAGCUUCAUCUUCCACACAAGUUAUGGUUUUGAGGUGAUUCAGCCAGAGCUUCAGACCAUGAACCAAGACGGGUCAGCCUUUAUCAGCUGUGAGCACACCGCAAAUGUCAGCUCUGUUGAAGACGUUCGACUCUACACUAUAUCACCAAAAACUCUGCUCUGCCAGAAGGGAAUGGACCGCUGUGAGAACGUUGUCAUGUAUUCAGAGAGUCCAGAAAGGUACCUUUUCAUCAUGCUCAACAUUUCGUCAGAGGCCAUGGACAUGGCAUAUCAGUGUGAGUUCACACUGAAAGAAGAUCGCCUUCUUUCCACCAAGACAGGAAAACCAACCAGACUUCAGAAAAGUCAAAAGGAAACAGGACAGGACUGCACCUCUCUCUCUCCCCCUCCCCCUUUUUCUCCUGUGCCAGAAGGUCUCAAUCUCUUCAUCAUUCUGACUGGUCUGCUGGCUGUGAUGAUCCUGUACAGUUGUGUCAUCACCUGCGCCUACAUCAGACGGAGGAUGAAUGACGACAGCAAGGAUCCUGAGAACAGCACCUAUGUGGAAAUGAGGAAGGCUCCUUCCAACAGUUGUUGAAAGUAGCUGACGCGUGUCUUUGUACCACUGGCCUCAUGCUGAACACAAUCAGAGGGAAGACAUGGACAUCCCGGGCAUCGAGAACCCUUGUGACACAUUUUUCAUGGAGCCCAUAUCAUGGUCUCCAACUUUUUUCUCUUUCUGUCCAUGAUUUGAAAAUCGUUGUACUACUGAAGCUAAACAGCAGGGUGAGACAAAGACUGACUGACUGACUGCCACUGUGCUUUUACAGUAUUAUGCUAUGUGGCAAGAUGAUAUAUUCCAUUACAUUACACAAGAUAUAUGAUAUAUAUGAAUAUGUAGUUUAUUAUUACACAGUAAUUUCAUGUAUGUCACCAUUGUAACAUACCAUGUAUGUCAGUUUACUUCUGAUCAUUUUCAUUGUGUAGCUAAUGUACUUUAUCUUAUACUGUAUAAUUUGCAUUACUUUUUUUUGGUCAUCACAGUGUUUGCUCACAUGCACAUUACAGUGUUAUCACUGUUAUUAAUUAUUAUGUUUAUUCUUUUAUUGUACAUGUUGCGGGCCACGGGUUGUCUCAGGAGGUGGUUUGGUCCUGUCUCUCUCUGUCCAGCCUCUAGCAGCACUUUAGUCCUUUAGUGGAAUGAAGGGGGACAGUGGCAGAAGCCUUGAUCCACUCCAGA